AUGGCUUCUUCUAUUGUUAAUGCUCCUAACUUACAUCCUUUACAUCCUUUACAUCAGAAGAGGAAUGUGGAUAAUGAUCUGCUUAAUGUGAUACCAAGAAUCAUCACUGAAAAUGACAAUGAGAUGCUUAAUACUUUACCAGAGGAAGAGGAAAUUCAAAAAGCUAUCUUUAGCAUGAGCCCCACUAGUUCAGCAGGACAAGAUGGAUACACAGGAAGGUUUUACCAAAAAUGCUGGCAAAUCAUCAAAAGGGAAGUUAUUGAAUUUGUCCAAGAAUUUUUCAAAGGCAGUCCCAUCUCAAGAUAUUUUACUCAUACUUGUUUAGCUCUAAUCCCUAAAGUGAAUCCCCCUACUACUUUUUCAGAAGUAAGACCUAUUAGUCUUAGUGUAUGGUACUCUAUCAUCAUUAAUGGGACCAGAACAGGAUUUUUCAAUUCAGAGCAGGGCUUGAAACAAGGGGACCCUCUUUCCCCUGCUUUAUUCAUCAUUGCUUCUGAAGUUUUUUCUAGAACUCUUAAUAGCCUUAACGCUGUAGAUGAGUUCAUUCCUUUCUCUAUGAAUCAUAAAGGGCCUUGUAUAAACCACCUUGCCUAUGCUGAUGAUGUUAUCAUUUUCAGCAGUGGUAAUUCUAAAUCUAUUAAGCUAAUCAUGAAAAUUAUUAGAAGGUUGAGAGGAUGGCAAGGUAAGUUAUUAUCUCAUGGUGGGAGAAUGAUUCUUAUUAAGCAUGUUUUGCAAGCUAUUCCUACUCACAUACUAGCUGCUAUGAGUCCUCCUAAAGGUACUAUAAAACUAAUGGAAAAAUAUUUUAACAGGUUCUUUUGGGGAUCCUCAAGUGAAAAAACCAAACAUCAUUGGGUAUCAUGGGACAACAUGAGCUACCCCACUGAUGAAGGAGGAGUAGGAUCAAGAAGAAUGCAGGAUGUUUGUAAAACACUGGCUAUGAAAAGAUGGUGGAACUUCAGAACUGGUGACUCUUUAUGGGCCAAUUUUCUGAAGGCAAAAUAUUGUAUAAGGGGCCAUGUGGUAUAA